AUGGUGUCUGCUGUCGCCCGAUUCUGGGAUCUACCCGAGCUCGUCGAGAUGGUCCUCUCCUUCUCUACAAGUCAAUCCAUCGCCAGGCUCAUGAGGACCAACAGCUUCCACACUUGGCGAAUGUUCUCUGGCUCGGCGGGUAUCAGGGGCCUCAUUAAGCACGCCGAACUCGUCCGUUCCAUUUCCUUGGCUAGAGAGUUCUGUCUCCGCUUUAUCGUCGGUACCUCUUCUAACUCUUCUGAAGCGUCAUCGUCUCCUCGAGUUGCCACUGUCUUUCCGCACUUACCGAACCUGACGUCCUUCACCUGCGAAUUGGAGCGUUCGUAUGGUUUCUCGCACUCCCAGUCCGAGGCUGCCAUCGAGAAGGACGCUUUCCCGAAGUCGAUUGCUCGCGCCCUUCAAGGAUGCCCCCGGCUUGUUAGCCUGCAGCUGGGCCAGUUAUUCAUCGACGACGAGGAGUUCAUUGACUCUCUCUGUAAGAGCUUUAGUGGACUUAAGAUGCUGGACGCGAUUGACUUGAACCUUCUGAUUCCCAAAGUUGGUCUAAGUGACGAGGUUGUGGCCAAGUUGUUCUUCAGCCUCCCACAAUCAAUUAAGAAGGCGAGCAUUGUUGUUACCUCUCGAUACGGCACGAGCGAUAGGGCCACGAAUGAUGACAAGUCCCCACCCACUUCCCCUAGGCGAAAGGAGCCUCUCAGCAAGUUGACGAGUUUACGUGCUCAGUUUCCAGGUGGUUUCGACGCCGAUACGGUUCUUGCCAUGAUGGACCAUUGCCCCGAGAUCGUUACCCUAGAGGUCCCUGUUCUCGAACGCGGCCAGGAUGAGGACUAUGUCUCCCAGCACAUUGUCGAUUGCUGCCCCAAGUUGGCGGAUCUCUCCAUCCACUUUGACGACAACUGCGAUGUCUCCACGUCGCUGAUGACCGAUAUUAUCAAGAACAUGCCGGAAAAUACGCUCCAGUCGAUUUAUGUUGAGGGGUACCAUGACCACAACACAGAUUUGGCAGACUCGCUCCACAGACACUUUGACUCGCUGAUCAGGAUCGAGUUUGAGGAGACCCGUCAUUUUGACGGAUACUUUCUUGAGACCAUUCUCCACGGAUGCCAGGUGUUGGAGGUACUCAACGUCGACGGCAGGAGGGUGGAGUGUUUCGAGGUGCCGUUGAAGGAUAUCUUGCGCUACAAGUGGGUCUCACAGUCACUCCGGUACCUCCAGUUUGCGGUCAAGUUUCCCAACAUGCGCGAGCUCGAUGCGAUGGAAGUUCCCAGCGGGUCCAAGGCCAUGUCAAAAUCGGGGGUCAUCACGGAGGCACAAAAGAAAGGCAAUACUUCCUUGGGAAAGCUGUACCGCAAGAUCCGAUUCCUGAAGAGCCUCGAGAAUCUUCAAUUGCAGCUAUCGCUCGAGGAUUGGGAGGAGAGCUUGAUGUUUACGUCGUCGGGGCCUGGGUUCUUAUAUGGAGGCGAGGUCAAGUCGGGCCGGCCGCUCUCCUAUCAUCGGUUCGAGACGCUGAAGGAGCUCAAGACGAAUACUAUGUAUGGUUGGGGAUCGGAUAGCGAUGACUAUGCUUCUUCUCAUUGA